AUGGACGUCUUCGCGCAUCUAGCAGCGCGUGCAGACCAAAACAGGGGCUGCACGCAAGCAACCUGUCCGGUGAUCCAAUCAGUAUAUGGCUACCGACCAAACCUGGGUGCUACAGUCUUCUUCCUGAUCUUGUUCGCACUCUCUGCCUGCAUCUUUAUCUGGCAAGGCGUCCGAACGAAGACGCGAUUCUUCACCUGGGCCAUGGUUCUCGGUGGCUUUAGCGAGGUGCUAGGCUACGUGGCAAAGCUCUUGCUUUGGAAAGAUCCAUUCUCCGACGUUGGGUUCAAGAUGUCUGUGGUGCUGCUCACGUUCGCCCCGGCGUUUUAUGCUGCGGGCGUUUACUACACGCUGAAGCAUAUCUGCCUGACGUUCGGUGCGGACUUCAGCAGGCUACGCCCAGCGCUGUACACUUACAUCUUCAUAUCGUGCGACUUGUUCUCGAUCGUCCUCCAGGCCGUUGGUGGCGCCCUUGCGUCCGUGUCCAGCGACAUGAGCUUACUGAACGCGGGUACCAAUGUCAUGAUUGCCGGAUUGGUGUUGCAAGUUUUCACAUUACUGGUCUUCGGCAUGCUCGCAGCAGACUACGCCUUCGCAGUGUUCCGCAACCGCGAAAACCUCAACCCGGCAACAGCAGAGUUACGAAGCUCGCUCCGCUUCAAACUGUUCGUCGGUGGCCUGUGGCUGGCUUGGCUUUGUAUCGAGAUUAGAUGCGCUUACAGGGUUGCUGAGCUUGUCGGAGGCUGGGUCAACAACCCGAUCCUUCGCAACGAGUACCUCUUCAUCUGUCUCGACAGCCUACCCAUCGGUAUCGCUGCUUUGGCGCUUAACAUCCUGCAUCCCGGCUGGUGCUUUCCAAAAGAAAGUCAAGGGCUCGUGAGCACAUCGGAGAAGCUUGGUAACAGCAGCGAUACGGAAGGCAUGAGCUCGGUGUAA